AUGAUCAGCGCAUUCUUGGUUUUCAAUAACCAGGGCCAGCCUCGGCUUACCAAGUUCUACACCCAGCUGGACACGAGCAUCCAGCAGCGCCUGAUAUCCGAGAUAUUCACCCUCGUGUCGAAUCGACCGGCUGGUUCUUGCAACUUUUUGCCUCUGCCUCCUCUGCUCGCAGCCUCCAGCACGUCGCAUAGCUCGACGGAGGAGCAGAGCGAUGUGCCUUCGCUGGUGACAUACCGCCAUUAUGCGACCCUCUACUUCAUCGUCAUCUCGACCUCGACGGAAUCGCCUCUUGCUUUGAUCGAUUUGAUACAAGUAUAUGUCGAGGCACUUGACAAGUUGUUUGAAAAUGUCUGCGAGCUUGACCUCAUCUUCAACUUUGAAACUUUACACGCAACAUUAUCAGAAAUGAUCAUUGGAGGCGUCGUCAUCGAAACGAGCCUCGAUCGUAUUGUCGCUGGCGUCAGAGCUCAAGGAACUGUCGCCAAACGGCCGGUAAACGAGGGACGGAGCACGAUUGGGUCAGGAAUGGGUAUUGGAGGCAACUUUGCCUGGACAGGGCGGGUAUAA